AUGGAGGUGAAGGAAGAGAGAGUGAUGGAAGAGGUACAAGUGGCGGAGAAGACGAUUCCCGUGUUCACGGUGCUGAAAAACGGUGCGAUUCUCAAAAACAUCUUCGUCGUCAACAGUCGCGAUUUUUCGUCGCCGGAGAAAAACGGAAACGCGGCCUGCGAUGACGACGGCGAGGUAGAGGAGAUUCUGGUCGUCGGUCGGCAUCCGGAUUGUCAUAUUCAGUUAACGCACCCUAGCAUUAGCAGAUCUCACUUGGAAAUCCGCACUAUUCCCUCUCGUCAAAAACUCUUCGUCACCGAUCUGUCCUCUGUUCAUGGGACAUGGGUUACGGAUCAGAAAGUAGAGCCAGGUGCUUGUGUUGAGGUGAAGGAAGGUGAUGUUAUUAGAAUUGGUGGUUCAACAAGGAUCUAUAGGCUGCACUGGAUUCCGCUUAGCCGUGCAUAUGAUAUCGACAAUCCAUUUGUUCCACCACUUGACGCAUCUACAGCUAUGGAGGUAGAAGAAGAGAAUAGAACGUUUGAAGAAGAAAUUCCACAUCAGUCUCUAGCAAAGACUGCAUCAGGUGAUGAUGAUGAUCUGCAUCUGGAUGUGACGUCAGAAGGAACUGGAUCAUCAGUCCCUAGUGAGGAUGAGGAUACACAUAUCAGGACAGAGGAGAUUUCGCUGUCACCUGAAUCUCCAAGUUUGGCACUAGCUAGUCAUUGUGUCCAGACACAAAAGCUAAAAUAUAAUGAAGAUUUGCAGACUUCAUCAACGUGGGAGGACUUGGAUGUUGUAGAAGCCGCAGCAGAAAAGCCAAGUAGCAGCUACACCCCAAGUAAGAAGCAGAGUGGUGAGGUCUUAGGCUGUUCUGAACUUGAAGUUGCUGCANACGCUGAUGCAUGUGAUGUCAGAGUGGAUUUGCAUCUGAGUAUGAUGUCAGAGAGGAUGGAAUCAGCAGUCCCCAAUGUGGAUGAGGAUCCAUAUCUAGCUGCAAAGGAGGCUUCAUCGCUUCCACUGCCAAGAGAUUUCAUUGAGACCCAAAAACUACAGCUCACAGAAGAUGUUCAGGUUUCACAAGAGUUGGCCAUAAAUAUUACAGAAGCCAACGCAGAAAAUUCAAGUAGCUGCUGCUUCCCAAGUAAGGGACAAAUUGAUGGCUGCAUUGAAGCCUUAGGUUCUUUUGCAUUUGAAUUGGCUGCAGAGGUUGAGAUUCUGAGCACUGAGUUUGUCACAAAGCAAGUAAUGGAAGCAUCUGCCGAACCAGUAACUAAGGAUGUAACUCAGAAUCACGAAGACAAGGGAGAAACUGAGGUCUCAAGGCAAGUUGUUGCAGUAUCCCCCAAUUCCCUCCCACAAACUGAGCCAACUUUAGAAUUUUUAACUGAAGAUGUCGGAGACUUAGGUUCUGAACCCCAGAGUGAAGUGGCCUUAGAGAGUGAUAGUGAGAACCUACAUCAGAAUAGCAAUGGAGAAAGGAAUGUUGGUUCAAGGCAAGCCAGUGCAGUAUCUGAUUGUUUGGUCGCUGCAAACGAACGUCUUUCAAGAGUCCGUACAGAAGAUAUCCAAAGUCUAUGCUCGAGUUGGCAUCCACCACCUGAGAGUGAAGUGAGGGCUUCAUCUGAGAUCUGGAAUGAAGGGAAUCCUGUUGGAGAUCAGAUUCAAAAAUCAGGAAUCACCGGAGAGACGGAAAUGAUAUUUGAUGAAGGGAGCAGCUCGUGCCUUUCUGAGGACCUUAAAGAGAGUGGUACACAAAGUUUCUUGUUGACACCAAAUAAAGAACCCAAAACAGACAUGUCAAUUGGCUCUGCGAUAUCAGAAGAAUCUUACAGCCUAAGCGAAAUAGAGAGAGAAGGAAAUAGUGAUAUGGGGAGUCCAAUGCCUUCAAUCUUGGCUGCAGAAACAUUUGAGGAUACGAAACCCAUUGAAGACCUGGCUUCUGAUUAUACUGGAAGUCAAGAAAACCAGACACCGCAAACACAUGCUGUUAGAGAUGAUGUACUGUCUGAGAUAGAUAGCUCAACCACCUCCUCCAGAACAUUGAGCACAUGUAACAUUUGGUCUAGGAGGGGAAAAGAUGCUUCUGUUCUUCAGAUCCGGACGAACAGGAGUGAAGGAAAGCAAAAACAAAAAGGGAAGCAACCAAAAGGCCAGUUGCAGAGAAAACAGGCUUUAAGUGACAAGUCUAUUUCUCUGACUGUUCAUCUUGGUGGAGAGAAACUGGAACCAGAGAUCUUUACUCCUGACAAGGAAAAUCUCACUCCAAGUUCUCAUAUGUUAAAAAGAUUACAAGACAUUGGUGACAUAAAAGAUAGCAAGAGCAAGAGCUCUUCAAUGCUUAAAGGCAGAUCAUCCUUGUCAAAGGUUCCUUCCAUUAUCGAUCUUCUUACUUCAGAGGCAUUUACAGAACCAGAGAUUUUUACCCCAGAUAAGGAGAAUCUCACUCCAAACUCCCAUAUGCUAAAACGUUUGCGAGAAGUCGGUGAGAUUAAGGAAACUAAAGGCUCCUCCUCUAAAGUAACACGUAAACCCUUCUUUGAUAUUCAUUUGGAGGAAAACGUGAAGGAAGACCAGAAAUCAGAUCUAAACUGCAUGAGCAGCAAAUCAAAGGUGAAGCAUGAGGCGGUGGCACUGAAUAAUAAAGUCGAAAGGGCACCUUUUCAACCUCUACUUGAAAAAUCUUCAUCCCAAAGCCAAUCAUACAUCGAGAUUUCUUCUACUACAUCAGCAAGAAACAACAAUUCUAGGGGCAUUCGCUCUUCCUCUCUCCUUUCUGAUGGCAAGAGCAAAAUAAAGUGGACAAUUGUGUUGGACACUUCUUCACUCCUCGACAAAGAGUCAAGGAAGCCACUGCACCUACUACAAGUGUUAAGGGAACUAAAUGAGACUAAGCGCACUCGCAGUCUUCUCUUUAGAACAACACCAGAGAUUGCUUCAUCAGCUCUUGAUUGGAUCGAAGAUUGUAUGGUUAAUACCAAAUGGUGGAUUCAACUACAGAGCUCAUCAGAGGAAACCAAAGCAAAUGCACCAACACCACCAGUCACUCCUCAGUCAAACGGCUCAGCAGCAUUCCCAUUUUCAUUUCACUGGAAUAGUAGUAAUGCACCAGAGAUCGAUUCUCCUACAUCACAAGAUCAAGUUCUCGAAUGUGCUCUUCUUUACCGAAACAUUAACAGCGACGAAAAACUCGUUCUUAUUAGCAACGAUACAACUCUCAAGAUCAAAGCCAUGGCAGAGGGAGUGAUUUGCGAGACGGCACAUGAGUUCUACGAGAGUCUUGUGAAUCCGUUCUCGGAGAGGUUUAUGUGGAGAGAGAGUACAGUGAGAGGAAGGACUUGGAGUCAUCUAGACGACGUCGUGUUGAGAGAAAGGUACAACAACCGAACUUGUUUCCCUUACAGGAAGAAGUCAACGUUCAAUAAUGGAGUAAGAGGAGAGAGUGGUGGUGCAGCGAAAGGCUUGAAGCUCAUAUUGCUCCAUAACUCGCACUAUGGUCACUAUCAUCAAUGA